GGCUUUUUUUUGCAAAAAUCUUAAUAUAUAAAGCCGGACCUUAACUAAAUAUUUCAUCAUUUGAUCUAAUAGCAUCAAUAUCUCCAAAAAAAAUCUUCAAAAUGUUCAAAUUUUUCGCCGUAGUUUUCGCCGCUAUUUUGGCCAUUGUGUCCGCCGCCCCCAAGGCCGAACCAGCCGUAGCUGUUUCCUACGGGGCCCCUUUGGCCUACACCGCCCCACUGGCUUAUAGAGCCGCCGCCCCAGUCGCCUACUCUGCUUAUGCCGCCCCAUCAGUCUACGGUGCUCCUCUGGCUUAUUCUUCAUAUGCCGCUCCAGCUGUUGUCUAUUAGAUUGUUUUUGGUUGAUUGAAUUCUGGCUAUGAUUAUUUUGGUUUUUGAUUUCUUGAUGCGGUCUUAAAUAUUCGUGUUUUUUCGUGUAAUAAAAAAUUAUAUAAAUUUA